CCAGAAAUCAGCCAAAUGGCAACCUGGACAAGCGAACAAACUUCUCUUUUAGAGCCGGGGGCGGACCCUUCGUCCUCCGGUUCUACCACUAAUAUGCAGAAGGCACAUCCAAUAUUCGAAACCAUCAAAUCUGGGAUGCUGGUCCCAGUUCAGACAGUAAUUGAACAGAUGGGUGUAGAUGUACUGUCUCUUCGGGAUGAGAAAGGUCAUACUCCAGCACACUGGGCGUGUCUGGGUGGCCAUGCCACUAUUCUUCGCUAUCUCAUAGAACACAAAGCGCCAGUGAAUGAACCUAGUAACAAUGACCUUGGAGCAAGGCCUAUUCAUUGGGCUUGUGUGAAUGGUCAUAUAGCGAUAGUGGAUAUCUUGGUUCAGGCUGGUGUUGGUCUGGAUGUGACGGACAAUAAGGGUUGUACGUGUCUCCUAGUUGCGGCCCAAUAUGGGCAGACCAUGCUGGCAGGGUAUUUGAUGGGGAAGGGUGCCCGGCUUCAGAUGGUGGACAGAGAUGGGGACACAGCCUUACAUUGGGCGGCAUUUAAAGGAAAAGCUGAAUUGAUGAGGCUCCUGAUAUAUUCUGGCUUCAAUUCACGUCAAAAAGACAACUUUGGACAGACACCCCUUCAUUUAGCCUGUAUCAAUGGAGAUCUGAAUAGUGUAAAGGAACUAUGUGAACAGGAUGGAGUUGACAUUGGGUUGCCUGACAAGAAUGGAAAAACACCUCUCAUGUUGGCAUCUGGUCGCAAACAUACGGCUGUUGUGGACUUCCUGAAAGCAGAACUCAAACAGAAAAAUAGCUUCUUACCUAAAAUAGACUUUUGGUCAAUAGUGUUUGGUCCCCCUGGUAACAGUAAGGGUCCCCUCCUCUUCUUCUUUGUUAACGUGUUAUGCUGGGGCUAUCCCAUGUAUAUUAUAAAGUGCCUGCCAUACACCUGGUAUGACCUUCAGUUCCUGCAUAUCCUCUUCUUCUGCACCAACGUGAUUAUGUGGUUCUGUCUAUUCCACGCGAGCACCACCGACCCGGGAUAUCUGCCGAGAAAUAUCCCUGAAUAUGACAUGGCUAUAAAACAGGUGGCACACUUUGACGAAUGGAAGCAGGGUGACAACCCGCUAAGUCGUCUGUGUCAUACUUGUCGCACAGUGAAACCUCUCCGCUCAAAACACUGCAAGGUGUGUAACCGCUGUGUGAAGGUGUUCGACCACCACUGCCCCUAUAUCUACAACUGUGUGGGUGUGAAUAACAGAGUAACGUUUGUAGGUUUCUGUAACAUGGUGAUGGUGAACGGUCUGAUCUCGAUCUGCCUGAGCCUGUACACGAUUAAAGUCCUGGACGAGAACUGGAACGUGGUGUAUAUCUUCUACAUGGGUGUCAUGCUGUUCUUCGAGGGAGUCGCGACGUAUCUGUCUGGAUACAUGACGUACCUGGCUAUCACAAAUCUCACAACAAACGAGACGAUGAACUGGAAGCGCUACAAGCAUAUGAAGGACAAGGACGGGAAAAUGAAAAACCCGUUUGACAGCGGGUGGAAAGUGAAUGUGCUGGAAUUCCUACACAUUAUCCCCCUCGAAAUGGAAUUUCUGGAGAGAGAUGAUGAUAACGAGACCUUUGUUUCCACGCUUGUUUCAACAUUACAGUCAAUGAGAGAAUCAAUCAUAAACGAUAUAGCUACCUUAAAGAUGGAAAGGGACAGUUCUAUAACCCCUUCCAUAGGGGUUAUAUAAAAAAUAUAAAGGAGUACUUCCAUAUGUUACGACCAUUUGAGGAAAAAGAUGUUGAACUGUUGUCUGUGAGAACUGUGUGAUUGUUUAUUUCACUGUUGGUGUGAAAAUAAGAUAACGUUUUUGAUUGUCAAAAGGUGUAUGUUUGAAUAUAUGACGUGGAUAAUUGAUACAUUUUCAGUUUGUAGGGUUGGAACUUGGAUACAUUUUUAAAAUGAAAUUUGGAUACGAAAAGAACAUUUAUAGAAGUCAAUGAAAAUAGAUUUAAUUUAUGUCACAGUUCAAAUAAAAAAGGGUAAAAAUUGGAUGUAUGUCCUAUGACUUCCUUAAUUGUUCAUAUCACUCAUGGAUGUGAAAAUUUUAAUUAUUUUCAUUGACUUCUAAUCCUUAAGUACAAUUGUUCUUGUACGUUCAAUGUUGGUUUUUGAAAAAUGAAAUUUUAGUCAUAUACACGAGUGUUUAUCAAAAUUUGGACAAUGGUCAAGGGUAUUUUUCAGCAGGUAACUGGGCUGUAUGUAUUCUGCCUUACAAUGUAAUCUGCUUUUUUUUGCCCUGUAUUUAUUGUUCAAAUGAUGGGUCAUUGAACAAAGAAUUAUUUCCAUUUUAUGAUGAUCAGUAUUUUGUUUCGUGUUCUUACUAAACAACCAUUGAAAAUGACCUUUGAAAAUGGCAUUAAAAGUUAAAAGACCUUAUGGGGAAAAUUUUGUAAGCCUAUGAAAAAAUUAGUGGUGGGGGAAAGGGAGGGGGGUUUUGUCUCCCGCCAUGGAUUUUCAUAAUGGCUUAUCAGUAUAUGAAUAGAUCAGCUGAUUUGGCAAUUAAUUAUCAAAAGAAAUUGUGGUGCAAAGUAAUAUGAUCUAAUUAUUUAUUUGUGCAAUUAAUUAAAAAAAAUUGGUAUAUUGAAAUUAUUGCUAGGAACUAUUCGGAUUUAAGAGAUUUGAUUUUUUUUUUUAAAUCACAUGCAGCAUACUCAGUUUGAAACAAAUAAUGAUUAAUUUUAUGCGUCAAACAUUAUAUUUCAUUUAGGGAAUAUACAUAUUUUGUUGGUGAUAUAGAAUUUUUUUGUAAGAAUUGAAAUUUAUUAUAAAUAUACAUAUUCAUUAAAUUGGUUUAUGUAUGAGAAAUGUGUUUUGUUAACGCCACAAAUUUGGAGGUUGUUAUGAAUUAUAUUAACAUUUUUCAUUAGUAUAAGUUAAAACUCCUUCCUUAAAUUAUCUUUGUAUUCAGAUCUGACCUCAAAGCAUUAUUGGUAUACCAUUGUAAAGUUGUUCAUACAAGUAAUUAUUUGAAAAAGAAAAUGUUAUCAUUUGCUUUCCUUGAUAUCAUUCCGAUUUCCGAAAUGCUUGAUUUGAUAUUUUACAGUGAUGUUGUGUUCAAAGUUUGGUUUGCAUUGUUCCUAACAUAUUUCACACCAUAUCAUUAAUUGUAUUAAAAAGGUGGGCAUGACAUUUCAUAGGUUCAUUCAUUUGUCAGAUGAGUAUUUUCAUAGUUUUUCUUUGUGAUGUUAUUUAUUGUCAUGUGCCUUGAGUAAUCCCUUUGAUGAGGAGAAUUUGUACAUGAUUAUGGUGUUGCAAAAGCUAUAUAAACACCAAAAAAGCAUGUAUUUGACAAUGUGUUAAAUUGACUUUUGUUGGUGUGUAAAUUCUUUUUUGGCUAUUUAAUGGAUGCAUGAACAAAUAUGUCUUUGGUCACAAUUAUUACUUAAUACUUGUUAAAUCAUAAUAAUGUGAGGGGCUUCCUGACCAGCUCAAUGGAAUUCUUGCGAAUGAAUCCUUUUUUUUUCUUUUCGUUUUUCAUUAAGGCUCAAAUUACUUAAAAAAGAAAGUACCCACCUACCCAGACCUAUUUUUUUUUAAUUAGGUCUUGUUAAUAGUUUUAAAUCUUUAUACGGAAAAGUGACCAGUAAAACAAGUUGAAAGAGUCGUAUAGAAUGAGUGCUGUGAGAAAUUACCACAAAAAGGCACUUCUACUUCAUGUAAGAGCAUCUCAGAUCAAGAAAUACUUAGUGAACCAAUGAGAAAAUUGCUAGGAAGGUUAAACUAUGCUUACAUGAAGUCCAUGAUCACUUGGGAUGGAAAUUUUAUGAACAACACUUUUACAAUCAUUCAAAGCACAUUCUGCAAGACAGCUUCAAUUGCCACAGACAGCUGCUGAGCUCUAUAACACAUAUAGAGGGUGAGAGUGGUCUAGUGGUAUAGAUGUCUGCCUCCCACCCAAGAUGUUGUGGGUUUGAUUCCCACCAGGGGAACUUUCUCACGACCUCUCUAAAUAGACACAAGUACUGGUUACUACAUAGGAAACAGACUUGAGAGUGAUUCUAUAAGCUAUCAGCUUUCAUCACAAGCUAUUUUAAACUUGUACAAAGAACAUAAAAUUAUACCGAGAUGACAUAGUGCACUAAAGGUAGUCCACACAUAAGCUUACCCACGCAAGCAGUGGUUCACAACCUCUGAUAUGAUAUGAUAGCUAGAACACUUUGUAGGUGCAAUUAUGUACUUUCUUCCAAUCUUUUAGAUGUUUAAAUGAUUCUAAUAGUUAACCUGCAAUUAAUGUGGAAUACUCAGUAGCAUAUCUGUUUAUAUGAUGUUUUUAAAGAAAAACAUGGAAAAAAUUCUUAAAAACUAUUAUUUUCAGCAGUAUGCUUCAUAGCAUUAUUUUAACAAACCCGAUAAAUGAAGUCGUGCAUAAUAUCAUGUCAGUAAUACAUGUAAUUUGAAAGAUUAAAAUUGUUUAUCGAUUUUGUAUAUAAUUUUUGCAAUCAAGAUCUUUGAAUUAAUGAGUAUGUAGUGCAAGAUAUGUGAGUCACAUGUACUGGCAAGUUCAAUAAUUAUUGAUAUUUUUACUUACAUUUCAUAAAAACACAUAAAUUGAUUCAUAAUGUACAAUGGCUUUAUUUUCUCCUGAUAAGUCCCUUGUGUAUGACUGUUAAUGAAAUUGAGUGGCGAAAAUAAUGUUAGCAUGUUGAAAGUUAUGUUAUUUAUAUCAUGCGGCCGCUAAAGUAUCGCCAAAGAGAAAGAACCAUCGUGAAAACACGUCAUGUGGUCUUAAUUUCUCUUGGUUCCAGUGAGAAUUAAAUCUUGUGGAUAUCAAUGACAAGCAAAUGUAUCCGAAUGCCAUAGAAACAGAUUCUUGUAGCUAAGAACAAUUUCUUAGAAAAUAAUUUGAAUUAUCUUUAUGUAAACAUAACAGCUAUUAUUUCUCAAAUUUAUAAAAUUAAACUUUAGUUUGCAUCUUUGAGUAAUAUUUUUGGAUUUUCAUAUGAAAACUAUCACACAUGUAUAUUUUUUCAGCCAAAAUUUGGUGCAUUGAUUAAAACACUCUUUACAUGCAAUUAUGAAAGCCAUAUAUUAUACAUGACUGUGUACUCUUAUAAAUGUGUGGGUGAGGAUGUCAUCAUUGGAUGAAAACGUUGAUGUUUAUUAUUGAAAAAGUUGUAUAUUUUUACCCGACAUCUAUUUAUAUUUUCUAUUGUAUUAAUCAUCGUUUGUUUGACAAUGCAUUACUUGUGUCCCUUGUUUAAACACAAACUGUCAUUUCUAUACAUAUUUCAUGUAAUCAUUUACUUACAUUUCAAUUGAAAAUAAAAAAAGAAAACUA